GCCUGCGGACACCCAGCAGAACCCGGGCAGGGUCUGCUCCCACCCCGCUGCCAUGGGCCAGGGCAGGCUCCCGGCCCGCCUGGGGCUGGCCUGCUGCCUCCUGCUGCUGCUGGGGGGCUCGGGGGGGCUGGGGAGCCGGGGGGCGAUGACAUGGGGGCAGGGGGAAGAGGAGGAGCAGGGCCCUGUGGUGGAGGGGGGACGGUGGGGCAGGGCGAGGUACGAAGCAGUGAAGCAGCACUUGGGAGCUGUGGGUGCUCUCUCCAAGCAGUAUUGGCACUACCUGGCGUGCAAGGUGUGGCAGGAGCGCUGCGAAGAGGAGGAGGAGGAAGAACAGUCCAGCCCAGGCUGGAGCUUGCCUCUGGUGGGCCAGGAUUACCUGCAGAUCCUCUCUGCCUGGUACUGCAGCUUCGGCAAGUGCUGCAAGACAGGAGACUGCAGGAUAAUCAACAAUCUCACAGGGCUGGAAGCAGACCUCAACGGGCAGCUCCACGGGCAGCAUUUGGCCAAAGAAAUCGUCGCGCGGGCGGUGCAAGGGUUCCUGCAGAGCCCGCAGCCAGAGAAGGCUUUGGUCCUCUCCUUCCACGGCUGGUCUGGCACAGGCAAGAACUUUGUGGCUCGGAUGGUGGCCGGUCACCUGUACCGGGACGGGCUGAGGAGCGAGUGUGUCAGGGUGUUCAUCUCACUCUUCCACUUCCCCCAUCACAAGUACGUGGAUUCAUACAAGGCUCAGCUGAAGAAGCAGAUCAGCGAGACUGUGCAGCUCUGCCAGCAGUCCCUGUUCAUCUUCGAUGAGGCAGAGAAACUUCAUUUCAGCCUCCUGGACGCCAUCAAGCCCUUCAUGGCUCGCUCCGACACCAAGGGCCAGGUGGAUUACCGGAGAUCCAUCUUCCUCUUCCUCAGCAAUCUCGGCGGCAACAUCAUCAAUGAGGUAGCCCUGGAUUUCUGGCGAGCCGGCCGGGCGCGGGAGGAGAUCUCCAUGGAGUUCCUGGAGCAGCGGCUGCGGCUGGAGCUGCAGGAACCUGAAGAGAGCGGUUAUGCCCGCAGCCGCCUCCUCGAAGAGAAUCUCAUCGAUUUCUUGGUGCCGUUCCUGCCCCUGGAGUACCACCACGUCAAGCUCUGCGCGCGGGAUGCUUUCCUGGCCCGUGGACUUCCGUACACCGAGGCAGCCCUGGACGAGGUGGCCAGGAUGAUGGUGUUUGUCCCCAAAGAGGAGAAGCUUUUCUCUGCCCAGGGCUGCAAAUCUGUAACCCAGCGCAUCAAUUACUUCCUUCCUUGAACACCAGGUGGGACUGCACCGGGGGUGAAGGUGGUUCUAUGCACUAGGAGCUGCUCCUGCAGCAGCUCAGGCAGGCAGGUUCCCCAGCCCUGCACCUGCAGACGGACAGAGACCCCGACCCCUUGUUGCUCCCAGGGCUGUUUGCAGGGAAGGGGACACACCUCACCCACCCCUGCUCCUGGGGCACGGGAACAGCCUGCGCUUGGCUGCUUUUGAAGUCUGUCCAGUCUUUAAGCCCCUUCUUUUAUCAGGUAGUAGCCUGAAGCAGUGAUUUGGUUGUGCUGACCGGUGCUUUGUUUCGUGUGAGUGGGGCUGGCCAAGCCCUUGGUUACCAAGCAGUGCAGGAAGGCCUUGGAUGGACUGGUCCUGUUGAGGCAGUACAGCGGAUGCCACGUCCUCAUCCCUGUCCCCAGUUUUCUCUGUCACUUCACAAGAUUGCACAGAACUGUUUUGCUGGA